AGUGGCCCACAGAUAGGCAGAGCAGGGAUCUUGUCGUGUGUCAGUGCAAGUUGUUGAGUCUCUACUAUGACCACAUGUUGGCCGGCAAUGGUCUGAAACCACUGCAAGACUGUUUGACUGGCAAGUUUCAUUAAGUCCGUCUCUGUUUGAUGUAAUUUCUGACAGCUAUCCAACUGGGAAUUUGUUGUUGAUAGUCUUUUUUGUUACUUGAAGUGAGAGUGACUGCAAAACUGAAAAUGGAGCCAUUUCCAGACCAGUUCAUGGAAUUCCACCCCAUCCACGGUACCAAUGUCAGACUGGACCACUCAGGGACUCAGGCCACCCGGGUGGAGAGCUUUGCAAAUGGAGUGUGUUUCAGCAAACACCCUCUGAAGCCUGGGGAGAUUUUUCUCAUAGAGAUCCAGGAUAAGGAGCUGGGCUGGUGCGGCCACCUCCGGAUUGGCCUGACUGCCAGGGACCCGAGGGGAUUAGAGGUGGUACCUGAAUAUUCCAUCCCAGAUCUGACAACCUUAGGGGACAGCUGGGUGUUUGCCAUCACUCGCAACCACAAUAAGAUCAUAGAGGAUGCUGAAGCAGGGGGUGAACAGGCUGGAGACGGAGGACUGGCUGGAGGCCAGAGACUUGGACGAGGGGAGGUUGAAGAUGGAGCUGGAAGGGAAGGAGAUGGAGGAGGAGGCAACACCAAACCAAUGACUUUCUUCACUGACUCUGACUUGUACAUUGAGAAUGUUCGGAUUCCCAAAGACAAGCUGGUUGGCCGGAGCAGACCCGGACGUUACAGCCACAUAUUAGAUGACUUGUAUAAGACCAACGCCCUGCCUCCCACAGCCAGACGCAGCCGGAUCGGAGUGCUAUAUGUGCCCAAAGGGCGAGACCUGGCUGACAUGCACAUUGUCAUCAAUGGUGAGGACAUGGGAGCUUCUGCAAAGGGGAUCCCCACCAUCCAGCCUCUCUACGCUGUGGUGGACAUCUUUGCUGCUACUAAGUGUGUCCAAAUUGUCCAGGUGGAGUAUGGAUUCUCAUCUUUGCAGACGUUGUGUAGGAAGGCCAUCCAGAAGCACAUGGUCCACAGGAUGGCCAUUGACUCGCUGGAGCUGCCAGAGGCACUUAAGAACUUUUGCAAGUACGAAUAAAGGAGACAGACCUGCAAUGGACAGAAACAUAUUAUCUGUGCUCUCUCCCAGUUUCCAACAAGUAUUUAUUUUCAUGAUGGAACUGUGUUUCAUUAAAUAAAAUAAUCUUAAGGAGGUACGCUCUUGAUACCUGCCAGGCUCUGAUAAUGUUCAUGUCAUUUGAGAUGACAACUAAAAUAAAAUAAAUUCAGAGUACUG